GGUUUACAGGCACAUAUCCCUGCUUUACUGUUCUGAGGAAAAGCAGGGACCUUUCUCUACAGACGGGGAUUGUAAACUACCUUCAAGGCACUGAAGUUCAUGGCAGUAUGAUCAUCCAGGACAAAGUAGGGUUUGUUACUGGCGGGGCACAGGGAAUAGGACGCGCUAUAUGUGAGGCACUGCUGAAAAAAGGAGCCAAGGUUAUUAUAGCCGAUAUCAACGUCACAGAGGGGAAGUCGACGGCGUCAGAGCUUGCCACUGAGUAUGCUGAUAACGUCACCUUCAUUGAAUGUGACGUCACGAAUCAGGAAAGUGUGGAAGAUGCGUUAAGAAAAUCUCAUGACACAUACGGGCGACUGGAUAUCAUUGGUAAUAACGCAGGCGUCAUGAUGGAAAAUGAUCCCAUAGGAACAAUAAACUUGAAUUUGUGCGGAGUGAUGCGUGUAGCAGCAGUUGCCAUGAGUUAUAUGAGAGCUGAUAAUGGUGGCAGCGGUGGGAUCAUUGUAAAUACGGCUUCAUAUGCUGGCAUUAUGCCCUAUGUCGUUUGUCCCUCGUAUUGUGCUUCAAAGCAUGGUGUUGUUGGAUUCACAAGGUCUAUCGCUAUGAGUCCAGAUUUUGAUUUGCACAAAGUACGAAUGAACUGCCUUUGCCCAGAUGCGGUUGAUACCGCCAUGGUGAGGCGUGUUUCCAAAGAGGGCGAAAAGAAAGGAUUUAUUUUCCAUUACGAUCACAUCAAAGAAGCAGUGAACCAGCUACUGCUGAAACCAUCUGCAGUGGCUGAUGUAUUCAUAAACCUAGUUGAGGAUGAAAGCAAGAAUGGUUCAGCUAUGCUCAUCUCACGAAAGGGUCCGCCGCGAGACAUCGAGUUUCCAAUAUAUCAGUAACGACCACUCAAAGAAGAAGGCUUGUUUACCGUAACUAUUUUACUCUGAAGAAAAAAAGAAACAGAUGUGAGGCACUAGAAAAGACAACACCCCGGUGUCCAGAACGAAACGCUUAUAGAGAAACUUUUUAACAAUUAUUAAAUUGGUGGGUUUUAAAGCCAUGUUGUUUAACGCAUAAAACUGCCAACCAAGUUGAAGUUGUAUGAGCAAAGUUCAAAAGUUCUUUUUCUAAUUUCAAUUCCAAAACAAUUCGGCAGCUGGAAAAAAAGGCUAUGGGUCACGAGUUUCUUGCCUAAUGAUACGUGACAAGUGGAGUACAUGGGCUGGCAUACUCUAUUAAACAGAGGCCUGUGCAUGGCGUUGACUUUUAUGAAAGAUCCUAUUUUAGCCUGUACGCUUAUCUCAUCAAGAGAAACUGCGUUAAUUAUACAGCACGGAUUGAAGUACUGGUUAGUGCUUGAGGCCUGCCAGUAGAAGGUAUAUUGACGAGCACUUUUGACUCUUAAACGUGUUCCCUCAUUCAGAGAUUAAUCCCUUUAUUUAGGUCAGACGAGUAAUCAGAAGGCUUUUUCCUGACGCCCGGAGAGACCUAGGUUAGAGCCAAGGGCAGACGACAAAAAUUCCAGAACUUGCUCAAUUUGUAAAUAACGGAACAUUUUGUGUAAUCUACGUACUUGUUACUUGACUAGGGACAGUUUUUUCAUCCAGUUCACAACCUUUAAUUUUUACCAAGCAACUAUAGGCUUAACUAAAAAAUCUAAUUAGUAGUAGCAUAUUUUAUGUAGCUUUAAUCCUUCUCCUGUAUCCCUUUUAAAUACUUAAGUAUUAAAUUUAUUUUAUUCUUA